ACUAAAUUUUUUUGCAGAGCAAGUUCGAAAAGGGGCGUGGCAAGCACAGAUUCCAUGUCGGUGAUUUCGUGGUUUCCUUGGCGAAUCCGGAAACGAUGCGAUUCGAGGCACAAUCUAUGCACAAGUUGAAUUUGUGGAAUCGUUGUUGGCAUUUGCACAUUUCCUGUUUGCAACCCAUGUUUAGCAAAAUCUCAUGCACACUCAAAAUCCCCUGUUUUGCAGCUUUCUAUCAUGUCCAAGUUUCUGUCUUGAUUCGGUGCAAGCAGAGCCCAACUUGUUAAUUUCUGAUAAGUUGCGGAGUCGUCUUCGAAGGCCUGUUGUUGUAGUUCAUUUCCUUGCGUGAUUCAAGAGCCCUUGAUGUAUACUGUUGGCUGAGAAGAGCUUGUGUUGUUAUCCUUAUGGAUCAGUAAAUGUCAAUUUGUGAACCUGUUCUGGUUGAUAAAGAGGACUUGAGAAACAGGUCGGGCUACCAUUUGGAAUAGCUUGAUAGGAUACAGCAAUUUUAAAACCCUGAGGAAGGAAUCGAGAGAAAGAUGCCUUCUGGUGAACCCUUGUCGUCGAUCGGCAUCAAGGUCCAUGUCAGGAUACGACCAACUGCAAAGCCCUCUCCAAUGUUUCACAUCGAAGACCAGACGAAUACCGUUCUGAUUGAUUUGCUGAAGCAGAACGGUGGGGGAGCCCCAGAAAGUUUUGUUGACCAGAUUGCUUUCUCUGUAAAUAGCAUCACUCAGAGCACAGAUCAAUCGGAAGUCUACGAGUCAUGUGGAAGGGCGCUAGUGAAGGAUUUCUUGGAAGGAUACAAUGCCACGUUUAUCGCAUAUGGUCAAGUUGGGUCUGGGAAGACUUAUACAAUGGCAGGGGACAUGAAGGUCAAUGCACAUCGAGGAUUCAUCGCACGAGCAAUUCAUCAGAUCUUCGAGGAAAAGGAAGCAGAUCCUGGUUCUGGCAUUGUUUUGUACAUAAGUUAUUUGGAAAUAUAUCAAGAGGGCAUGUAUGACCUUUUGAACCAGAGAAGCAAGGAUUUGAUGAUUAUUGAGGAGAGUGGCUAUGUAUAUAUCAGAGGUCUUGCUAAAAUUCCAGUUGAAACUGAAGCACAGGCACUGAUGUGUUUCAGUGAAGGGGAGAAACAAAGGUCUUACGCAUGUCACCAAAUCAAUCAGGUAUCUAGCAGAUCUCAUACCAUAUUCACUCUCUGCAUGGAGAAAAGAGUGGGAAGAUUUAAAACUGAGUACGACACUGUAGUUGCCAAGCUAAAUCUGGUGGAUUUAGCUGGAUUUGAACGCUUGAAGAAGACCAAUACAAGCACAGGAGGCCGAAUGAGAGUGGAAGCAUGUUCCAUCAACAAGUCCCUAUGUCUCCUCGAGCAGGCAGUGUAUGCUAUAAAGCAAGGCCAAGAAUAUGUUCCGUUUCGGCAGAGUAAAAUCUCCAUAAUCCUCAAAGAAGCUUUGAGUGGAAACUGCAGAACAGAGUUGAUUCUUUGCUUGUGGCCCGAAGAGUACUUUUUGGAUGAGACAAUCAAAGCAUCGAGGUUUGCUCAAAGAUUGAAGGUUCUCAGGACAUUCUCCAUCCACAAUAAAAAGAUAGAUUGUUGUGUUCUAAAUGAAAGACGGCACGCACAAGAAAUUGCCAAUCUUCAGCAAGAAUUAGCUCUCAAAGAUGCUUUGCAGGGACGACCGGGCUUGUCCUUCGAUGAUCUAACGGGAGAAGUGAAGGGUAAACUGAGAGAGACGAUUCAAGAUUUUUUGCAAAAUGAUGGAGAACUUGAGAGAAUUCCUAUUGAUAACCAAAAGCAGGUUAGAGAAUUAUUCUCUCUAUUCAAGGAGUCUCAAGUAUCUUUGCGAGCUAAACUGGAAAAAGUGCUUAGUGAACAUGGAUUGGUUGAACCAAUUGAAGAACCACAAGAAACAGAAUCUGGUGUGGGUGAAUUAACUAAUCAGGGCUUUCAUGUGGGUAUUGCACCACCUCAUGCAAGGCCUCAUAAUCCAAGUGCAUCAAAGCCAAGUCCUGAUGAAAUCCACUGCAGUCAUUUGAUGCUGGAUUACAAAGAAGCUGAUCCUUCGAAUGAUGUUUGGGAAACUGGAAGUAGCUUCAGAAACCAUAAGUUUCAGGAAUAUAAGCAUACAACUGUUAUGGGCAAACAACAAGACAGCCUAAUAAAAAGUAAACAAACAGAAUUAAGAACUACAAAAUGUCAUGUUAAAGAUUUAUGUGAAAUAAGCAACAAUUUAAAACAAGAUAUACACAACAUUAAGAAAAUAUUAAAAGAGCAACAUGAAGAGGAAUUUGACUCUAAUGCAAUCAGCAGAAAAGCAGAUCUGUAUAGCAGACUAAAAUACUUGAAAGUUGAUUUUCAUAAGAAUUAUUCACAAAUCACUUUUUUCAAAAAUGUACUUCAGAAACUCAAUCAAGAGAUUUUUGUUUGUAAAGAAGGCUUUUUAAAAUCAUUUUAUUCUUGGUUUGAAACACAUUGUAAUCACCCAAACGAAACUUCUGAAGAAUACUUGGCUCGCAUGGGACAAGUGUAGAAUCCUGAAAGGUAGUAUGAAAACAUGAGAAAUAAAUGAAAUAAAAAGAUAAAGAAAUAAAACUUUUCAAAUAUUGUUGAAUUUCCAAUUAUAACAUAGUGAUUUUGAAUCUAGUAUAAUUUAUAUGUUAUGUUCAAUAUCUUGGUGAUUUUUAUAACAUUUUUUACAAUUAUGGAAAUUUCAGUUGUGAAAUUAAGGCAAAAAAUU